AUGGGUGAAAUAAAUAAAGAUGAUGUUGAGAAAUAUCUAGAGAACAACCCAGAAUUUGCCAAGGAAUAUUUUGACCGAAAACUACGGCUAGAAGUAGUAGGAAGCAUCUUCAAAGUCAGCCCUGAGGAUGUGAAGGAUGGAGCUUCCUUCAAGGACAUGUCUAAGCUAGAAGAAUGUCAGUUGCUUUUGGAGAUAUUAAUGGAAAUCCAAGAUGAAGCGAGCUGUCUGGAAAAGACAGCACAUAAAGUUCUGCAAAGGUUGGCACAUUUGCUGGCAGCUGAUCGAUGUAGCAUGUUUAUUUGCCGUUCUCGCAAUGGUAUUCCAGAGGUGGCUAGCAGGCUCUUAGAUGUCACCCCUACAUCCAAAUAUGAGGACAACCUGGUGAUUCCUGAAAAAGAAGCUGUUUUUCCUCUGGACAUUGGGAUAGUGGGUUGGGUUGCUCAUACUAAAAAGCAAUUUAACAUACCAGAUGUUAAAAAGAACAAUCAUUUUUCUGACUUUUUGGAUAAACAAACUGGUUAUACAACAGUCAAUAUGCUGGCAGUUCCCGUGCUGCAAGGCAAAGAGGUUCUUGCUGUGUUCAUGGCACUUAACAAGCAAAAUGCCCCUGAAUUCUCUAAAGAGGAUGAAAAUGUCUUUAACAAAUACAUUGAUUUCCUUGCACUUGCUUUAAAACAAUUCCACACAGCAUAUCUGUACAAUAUUGAAUCCAGGAAAAGUCAGAUGCUUUUGUGGUCCGCUAACAAAGUAUUUGAAGAACUUACAGAUAUUGAGCGACAGUUUCACAAAGCACUGUACACUAUUCGAAUAUAUUUAAACUGUGAAAGGUAUUCUGUUGGACUGCUGGACAUGACGAAAGAGAAGGAAUUCUAUGAUGAGUGGCCAAUUAAGCUGGGUGAAGCAGAGCCUUACAAAGGACCAAAAACACCUGAUGGCCGAGAAGUCAACUUUUACAAGAUAAUUGAUUACAUUUUGCAUGGAAAAGAGGAAAUCAAAGUCAUUCCAUCACCUCCUGCAGACCACUGGUGUCUUGCUAGUGGAUUGCCAACAUAUGUUGCUGAAAAUGGGUUUAUUUGUAAUAUGAUGAAUGCACCUGCAGAUGAAUACUUCACAUUUCAGAAAGGAACAUUUGAUGAGACUGGCUGGAUAAUUAAAAAUGUCUUGUCCUUGCCUAUUGUCAACAAAAAGGAAGAAAUUGUUGGUGUGGCUACAUUUUAUAACAGGAAAGAUGGGAGGCCCUUUGAUGAAUAUGAUGAACAGAUUACUGAAAUGCUUACACAGUUCCUUGGGUGGUCUGUUUUAAAUACUGACACUUAUGACAAAAUGAAUAAGCUUGAAAACAGGAAAGACAUUGCUCAGGAAAUGUUGAUGUACCAGACAAAGGCAACAAAGGCUGAAAUCCAGAGCAUAUUGAAAUACAAAGAAAAACUGAAUGUAGAUAAUAUUGAAGACUGUGAUGAGAAACAACUAAUCAAAAUUUUGAAGGAAGAAUUGCCUGAUCCACAGAAUGUAGAACUUUAUGAAUUUCGUUUCAGUGAUUUCCCCGUUACAGAACAUGAGUUAAUAAAAUGUGGGAUACGACUAUUCUUUGAAAUAAAUGUUGUGGAAAAGUUCAAAGUACCAGCAGAGGUACUGACAAGGUGGAUGUAUACAGUCAGAAAAGGAUAUCGCGAUAUCACGUACCACAACUGGCGGCAUGGCUUCAAUGUUGGACAGACAAUGUUUACCCUUUUGAUGACAGGUAAAAUAAAAAAAUAUUAUACUGACUUAGAAGCCUUUGCUAUGGUAGCUGCAGCCUUCUGCCAUGACAUUGAUCACCGAGGAACCAAUAACUUGUACCAAAUGAAGUCAGCAGCUCCACUGGCAAGACUUCAUGGCUCUUCCAUUCUAGAAAGGCAUCAUCUAGAGUACAGUAAAACAUUGCUACAAGAUGAGAGUUUAAAUAUCUUCCAGAACCUAAAUAAGCGUCAGUUUGAAACUGUUUUACAUUUAUUUGAAGUUGCAAUCAUAGCAACUGACUUGGCUUUAUAUUUCAAGAAAAGGACUAUGUUUCAAAAGAUUGUGGAUGCAAUUGAAAAAAUGGAAAAAGAAGAGGAUGCAAUUAAAUAUAUAAGUAUGGAUCCAACCAAAAAAGAAGUAAUCAUGGCUAUGAUGAUGACUGGCUGUGACUUAUCUGCUAUCACAAAACCUUGGGAGGUACAAAGUAAGGUUGCAAUCAUGGUUGCAAAUGAAUUCUGGGAGCAAGGUGAUCUUGAACGAACUGUCCUACAGCAACAGCCAAUUCCUAUGAUGGACAGGAACAAAAGCGAGGAAUUGCCCAAGCUACAAGUUGGUUUCAUAGAUUUUGUGUGCAGUUUUGUGUACAAGGAAUUCUCAAGGUUCCACAGGGAAAUUACACCUAUGUUUGAUGGUCUUCAAAACAAUCGGGUGGAAUGGAAGUCACGAGCUGAUAUCUAUGAAGAAAAAAUGAAAGCUAUUGAGGAACAAAAGAAAAAGGAGGAGGAAGAGGCUGCCAAAAAAGGUGGCAAAGGUCGAAAAUAA